CAGAGAUAUUAUGGAGGGUUAGCCCCUACCGCUGUCAUUCUUCUGGAGUCUCAGCAAGAAGCAGAGGAUUUGGAGGACUGCUGCAAAGGAAUAGAAGUCUGUCUUAGAAACACUCAAGUUCUACGAUCCCUGGACGAUUUUUUACAAGAUCUGGCCGGUGACCGAGCCAAAGAAGUGAAAAAUGUGAUUUUGAAGUAACCAUCAUUGUUUGGCGAUAUACCUAAGCGUUGCACGUUGGGGACACACGAUGUGGAUGUCCAAGGAGCUGCACCCAUCAAGCAGUCCCCUUAUUGCUUAAGCCUUAUUAAACACCAAGCUCUAAAGGAGGAAAUCGCCUUUUUGCUGACCCAUGGACUGAUUGAACGGAGCAAAAGCCCAUGGGCCUCUCCUUGUGCGUUAGUCCCAAAGUCAUACGGUACCUAUCGUAUGUGUACGGAUUAUAGAAAGGGAUAGGUCAUUAAUGGGUGAAGAUGGCUGAGGGAAUGUUAUCAUUAUCCUGGAACAACCACAGUGCCACCUUCUGCCAUACCUUGGCUUCACUUAGAGCUAAGGAAAGGUACACUGAUGUGACAGUGACAUGUGAAGGCAAGUUUUAUUCAGUGCAUAAGCUUGUCUUGUCUACAUGCAGUGAAUACUUUGAGAAUAUGUUUGAGCACACACCUUGCAAGCAUCCUGUCAUUGUGCUUAGAGAUGUUAAAUGUGAUGAAAUGGAGGCACUUCUAAGCUACAUGUAUGCUGGUGUUGUGAGUGUUGCACAGACUGACUUGCCUCGCCUCAUAAAAGUGGCUGAACUCUUGCAGAUUAAGGGUCUUGCUGUACCUGAUGAGCCACCCAGAGGUAAUAGUCUAUCAGCAAAUAGUCAGAAAAGUGGCAGUGGUAGAAAUAGUCCACAUGUUCCUAGAAGACAUUCACAAAGCUCUACUAAUGUGAGAAACAGUCCAUAUCCUAAAAAUAGAUCCGCCCAUAAUUCUAGUGACAGAGUAAGUCCACAACCAAAACGUCGACGUAUUGAAGGAGGAAACUUAAGUCUGCAAGAGAGAGUCGAUGCUCCUUCACAUAGUCCAACUAGGUCACAGGAGUCUACACACAGCACAGAGACUGAUUGGCAAGCAGAGCCUUGUAGAUCCUCAAUAGAAGAAGAGAAUUUGGAUCAUAAAACAGAUGGAGAAUCAGAUAGGAAAGUUGAAUCCAGUUCACAGGGUUGUGAAAUACUAAUCAAGGAGGAGGUGAUGGAGGAUCUCAGAGAUAAUGAAGGUAACUCAUCUGAAACCGGGCUGGACUAUGGUUUGAUGACUAACAAUUCAGGUCUGUCUAGAGGUGACCAAGGGUUGUCUCCUACAUCCAGAAAUGACCAGUUAGAUUCUGCCAAUUUAAUGAGGAUGAAGCUUGAGCAAUCUAACGCAGGUCAACAACCUGGAACUCGGCCGAUCCUCAGGCAGGACACUUACACUGAAGUGAUAAAUUCAGCUUUACCAGGGCCUUCUGACCUUCAAGGAUGGUUUGGUGGUGAGGCCCUAAGUGGUUUGCCCAUGGUUAAAGGCACUAUAGGUGAUGAGAGUCAGAUGUUCUCUCAAGACAUGCCACAGCAAGCACAUGAGAGGGUUCCACAAUAUCCAAAUAGAGGAGAAGCCAGCAACAAGAGGCACCAGUGUACCUUCUGCAAUUACUCCACUUCACUGAAGAUAGAUUUAACAAAGCACAUACGCAUUCACACUGGUGAAAGACCGUAUUCGUGUCCCUACUGCUCAGCUAGGUUUACUCAGAAAGAAAGUCUGAAACCCCAUAUUCGAACCCACACUGGAGAGAAGCCUUAUGCCUGCCUCAGGUGCCCUUAUCGUGCAACUCGGAAGAGUAGUUUGCGGAGUCACAUUUUUAGUCGUCAUAAUGCUGAGAACUAACAUACAACUACACACACAUUGGCUGAUGACCACAGGAUGAGUUACAAUUUAUGCAAAUUAAUUGUGGAGGGCCAUUUGACAUGUGAAGUCUGUGCACUUUGGGCAAGUCAGCUAUCGAAUGAAAUUUUUUUUUUUUUUAGUUACCCUACUUUGAUGGGGGAUGGCAAGUGUGUUACAAAAAACAAGAAUGUGCUCUUAGUGGAAGAGAAUGGUUUGUGCUUAAUCCACAUGAGGCUUGGCUCAUCAUGGAGAAUAAAAGUCAGUUCCCUGGGUGGAAUAACUCACAAAUAACCCACACUUAGAUCAUUUUUUUAGACAUUUCAGUCAGUCACAACUGAGUGAGAGAAAACAAGACCAGCAGACAGGUCAGGAAGAAGGAAGGGAAAGAUGGUGGUAGUGAUGGUGGUAGUAAUAGUAGUAGUAGUAGUAGUGGUGGUGGUGGUGACAGUAGCAGUUACAGUGAUGGUAAUGUCAUAGUAGUGAAGAUAUUAGUAGAGGUAGUGAUGCUGAUGGUAGUAGAGGUAGUGGUAGUAGUAAUAGUAGUGGAGGUAGUGGUGGUAGUAGUAGUAGAGAUAGUGAUAGUAGUAGUAGAGGUAGUGGUAGUAGUAGUAGAGGUAGUGGUAGUAGUAGUAGUAGAGGUAGUGAUAGUAGAGGUAGUGGUAGUAGAGGUUGUGGAAUGUUCUGGGACUAAGAUUCAUGUUAGGAAUGUUCUGGGACUAAGAUUCAUGUUAGGAAUGUUCUGGGACUAAGAUUCAUGUUAGGCAUGUUCUGGUACUAAGAUUCAUGUUAGGAAUGUUCUGGGACUAAGAUUCAUGUUAGGCAUGUUUUGGGACUAAGAUUCAUGUUAGGAAUGUUCUGGGACUAAGAUUCAUGUUAGGAAUGUUCUGGGACUAAGAUUCAUGUUAGGCAUGUUCUGGGACUAAGAUUCAUGUUAGGAAUGUUCUGGGACUAAGAUUCAUAUUAGGAAUGUUCUGGGACUAAGAUUCAUGUUAGGAAUGUUGUGUAUAGAAGCUUAUUCAACAAAAUGUCUCCUGUGACAACUAGAAGAAGGAUGGCUUUCUAACAAUCCCUCAAGGGAGAAGUCUUGAUGCCUGUGAGGGGCUGUUGAUUCAAGGACUUGGACCAGACUUCCCAUUCCUCAUUGCCUUUAUUUUCCCAGGUGCUGUAUGAUCCCUAUGGGAUUAAUGCUCCCCCCCAAUCAAUAUAAUAAUAUAAUAAUAAUAAUAAUAAUAAUAAUAAUAAUAAUAAUAAUAAUAAUCCUAACAUGACAGAAAAGAGUAUUGUUAAUAUCAGGAAGGUGAAUGCUCCUUUAAGUGUUCUUUAAGUCUUUUAAUAUUAAUAGUAAUAUUUUUACCACCACUGCUGCUGCCACAGUCACCACCAGCACCAUGAAUACCGCAACAUCCCCCCCUUCCUCCUUCUUUCUUCAUGACCUGUUUUCUUGUCUUCUCUAUAUUUUCUUCCUCAGUUGUGACUUGAUCAUAUGGUCCAAGAUGAACUGAAACAGCAUCUAAAGCCCCCCCGCCCCUCCUCUCUCUCUCUGUCAUUUAUAAAUUGACUCAUUAUCCUGGAAAAGAAUGUAGAUUUUGUUAAUACUAUAGUAAUUUACUAACAAAAUUGUUGAGAUUAAUUUAGAAAUUAAUAUAAAUAUUAGGAAAAAUAAAUAAACUGUUGUCUAAACAUUUGGCUGGAGAGCUAAAAAAAAUUACAGUUGAUAACAAGAAAAACAAAUGAAGUUGGCAGUAUCAUCAAUAAAUCCAUAUAUAGUACUGUACUGUACAGUAAUAUUUUAUACUGUCUUCUCCUAAAACUGCAGAAUAUAUUUUGAAUUUAGAAUGAUUGAAGUUCUGAACAUUUCUGAUUAGAAAUAAAAUUUGGAAUUUCAAUUUGGAAAAGUAUUAAUUUGGAGGUUGUCGGGGAGCCAGUGCUUUCCAAAAUAAUAAACUCAAAGAUACUUUUUCUUAUUCAUAAUUUGAAGAAAAUAUUAAAUCCAGAUUUCACACAGAAAGUAUCUUUAAUUCGGAAUUAAAUUUAUAACAAGACAAAUGUAUCUGAUUUCUGUUAUUUAUAGUUGUUUAUAAAUUGGACACUUCCUUUCAUCCAUUAGUCCAUUUGAAAGAUUACUGUAUUAACAACAUAUUUGCUCAUAGCUUGCAUACAACUAACUACAGUACUUUAAUAGUUUGAUGAACAAGUGCAAAAAUUAGUAAACUAUGUGUAUUGGAAGAUAAUUAACCCUUAAACUGUCCAAACAUAGAUCUACGUUUUUUCAACAUUUGAAAGUAUGUAAAAAAAUGUAGACCUUUUUUUUUUUUAUGUUUGAAAACGUGUAAAAAAACUUUGAUCUACUUUUUUUUUUUAUUUGAAAAUAUGUAAAAAAAAAACGUAGAUCUACUUUUGGAGCGCUAUGCAUGUGAAUGUAGAUCUGUUUGGACAGUUUAAGGGUUAAAAGAAAUGCAUCCUAACAACAAACAAUUAUUUUAGAAGCACUGUAAUGGUGGUGUAGAGAACAUCAAUACACUUUGACUUUAGUAGGUGGUGAUGAGGUUUACAUUAUAAAAUGAGCAGUGUUAAGUGUACAGUAUCACUGAAGGUAUGGCAGUGUAUUUAUGCUAUUUAUUGAAUAUAGAUGAUGUAUAAAGUACUGGCCACUCAGCUGCACAGUAUAAAAUUACAUUAUUGAAAGUGUUUUGCAUACAUUAGUUACACAAAUAACCUGCAUGUAGGGGAGAGGAGCUUAUGACGAUGUUUCAGUCCGACUUGGAUCAUUUACAGUCACACUUACAUUUACAAAGUCUUUGUAAAUGGUCCAAGUUGGACCAAAAUGUCAUUGUAAGCCCCUCUCUCCUAUGUGUGGGUUAUUUGUGUAUUGUUCCAAUCAAGGUAUUGUGCCUUUUUGUUCUUUAUAUAUUACUUAGUGGUACCAUACAUUGAGAGAAUAAUAGACUUGCCAUCUACUAAAGAAAUGUUCUAUUCACCUUUUAUACUUCCUUAUAGUAUAACUUUGUUAGAUAUAUUUGAGUAGAGCAAAGAUAUUGUUUGUAUGCAGAUUUUGAAAAACCACUUGGAAUAACGAUGCCUGAUUUUCUUCUGGAACACAAGUAAUUUGCAGUAACCAAACCUUUUAGCUCGGCCCUUUUCCACUUCCCCAUCACAACUGGAAUGAUAUUUUCUGGGCAUUAGUCAGGUCUGACUGCAAAACCUGCCAUUUAUGAACAACAACAACCAUUUGAAAAUAAAGUACUGUACAGUAUUAACAGGUGUUCCCAAAUUUACUAAAAGAAAAAUUGACCGAAAACAAUAUUGUACAGUCAGUGGAUAAGCUACAGGGUGGAGAGGCCUUUGUUAUGGUGAAUGACUUGUUCAGUGUACUGCAAAUCUAGGGUAGGUUUCCUCUAUAGAUAAGAAUAUUAUGAUAUCAGGAAGGUUUAUCAAGGGCAGAAUGAAGCCUUAGAAGUUUGUAGCAAUGGCCAUUUAGUAUGAUUUACCAAUUUAGACAACUUCAAAUGGUCACUUCUACCUCUUAACAUUGCUGAAGAAUACAGGAUAGAACAUCAAUUUACAAGUCCCAGGGAUAAACCAGGAGCUUGUAAAUGGAAAUGCAAUGUAAAAAAAUCAAGGGAAGUUUCUUCUUAAUCAAAAACUAUUAAAUAUGAAGGGCCCAUGCCUAUCUACCUUUAGAAAUUUAUUGCAAGUACGUAUUACAUAAAUUCUUUCUUGAUUUGAUGGGCACACCAGCAUCAUUACAGACUUUUGCUUCAGCACCCUAAAUACAGUAUCCUUUUUUGACUGUCCCACCUUUAAUACAAGUUCUCUUUAUAACUUUUUAACUUAUGCUGAUCUGCUCCAUAACUGUGACUUCUCCCUUACUUCUAAUCCGUAGAUGCCCUUCCCUUCCCUUCCCUUCCCUUCCCUUCCCUUCCCUUCCCUUCCCUUCC